UUUUACUUCCUUUUUUAAAAAACAGUGAAAAGAAAAGUCGGAUUGUGGAAUGUGAGCCACACGUUGCAGAAGAAAUCGAGCCCUCCCUCAUCUUCUCAUUUCGCAUUAGGAAACGAGCGAAAAGGAGAAGAAGAAUCAGGAUGCGGUCGGCGGCGCCAUUUCCCGGCCACCACAACAUCGCAUCAUCUCCGCCUCCGCCUCCGACGCCGACGCCGACGCCGGUCGCCGUCGCCGCCUUCUUGACGCCUCCAUCGAGAUCGAAUUUGAGACCGCUUCCGGCGGCACAUUCGCGGCUGGAAUCGAGGAGAUCGAAACUCAGCGUUUGGGCAGCGGCAGUUCCAAAUCAACGGCCUCUGGAUCUGACGGAGGAGAACGUGAUAGAGGCACUGGUGGACGCUCGGUUGGAGCUGGCGCAAAUCUUCGACGCCUCCGAGUGGUAGAACUGGCAGAACUGGACGGACCUUUUGUGAAGAUUAGUCUGAGAGGCCGAUUUUGGCACAAACGCUCCACUGUUGUGGCUCGUGUGGGCAACUAUCUGAAGAACAGAAUACCUGAAAUUUUGGAGGUGGAAAUAGAAGAGGAGAGCCAACUGGAUGAUAGCCCUGCAAGCUUUUAGUUAAAACCAUUUCAAAUGUAGAAAAAUUAAGAUAAAACAUUCCAAUGUUCUUUGUGAGCUGCGUAGAACCUUUCUCCUUGUUUGAAAUUUGAAUCUAUAUAAUAUAAAAUUCCUAUCAUAGGAUCAAGAUAGUCAAAACUUA